AUGUCAUCCGCCAAAGAUCUUUUAGAGACCCUGCAAAAGUUUGAUCCGCAGUCACUCGAUGGCGAUGAGCCCGAGCGUAUUCGCGUGCGCGAGAAGUUGACCGAGGUUUUGCGUCAAGUACAAUCUCCUUGGGACGUGUCAUGGGAGCAUAAUUGGGUUAGUAUGGCAACCGUGUCGGCUGGCAAGACACUGGUAGACGCGGGUGUCUUUGAAAAAUGGAAUGAGGCUGGCUGGAAGCCCCAGACAACUGAUGAGCUCGCUGCCCUCACUGGUGCAAGCGCCGACCUUUUGCGCCGUCUUCUUCGCCAUGUCGCGGCGAACCAUCUCCUGCGUGAAGUCGGCCGCGAUACCUACGCCGCCACCCCCUGGGCCAAGGCCUUUGUCUCGUACCCCUUCCUCGCGGGCACCUAUGGCGGGUUCAAUCACGCACAGACCGAGGUAAACAACAAGCUCCCGGCGUACCUGGCAUCCAUCCGGUACCAACACCCCUCGGACCCCAAGGACUGCAACUUUCAGUUUACCCACGGUGCCGGCUCGGGCCCGUGGCAGCUGCUCAGUACCAAUCCGCAACUCGGCGCCGACUUCAACCAGGCAAUGGAGAGCCACAGUCGGUUCAAUCUGCACAGCUGGACCAGCCUCUAUCCGACACAGAGCAUCGUGCAAGCAGCCAAGGAGAGAGGGACCGGGGGCGUGCUUGUCGUGGAUGUUGGCGGCAACAAGGGAUACGAUCUAGAAAAGUUCCGACUCGUGCAUUCCGAGGAUUGUACCUCGGAAAGUCUCGUUCUCGAGGAAUUGCCUGAAGUGCUGAAAGAUGCACCGGAACUGCACUCUGCAAUCAAGCCUGUUGCCUACGACUUCUUCACCGAGCAGUCCGUGAAAGGCGCCCGGGCGUACCUCAUGCACAAUGUGAUCCACGAUUGGGAUGAUGACACAGCGGUGAAGAUCCUGACGAAUGUUACGGCCGGGUUCGAAAAGGGGUACUCGCGACUCUUGCUCCACGAGAGCAUUGUGGACGAGGUCAAGCCAAAGGCCAAGGUGACGGCGUCGGACAUGUCCAUGCUAUGCUGGUUUGCAUCGAAAGAACGGACCGAGACUGAGUGGAACACGCUGCUGACACGAGCGGGAUUGCGGCUGUUGAAAAUAUGGAGGCCAGAGCUAAUUGACACGGCCGAAUGCAUAAUCGAGGCCGAGUUGGCUUGA